CCAGCAACUUAAUGACUUUGUUAGCACAUCUGCUCGUGUAGCAUGUCCAAGGGAGAAGCACCUGGAAGCGAGAGUCAGGAUGUCAAGCGUGUAAUCGGCAAGUAUGAGGAGUGCAUAGAUAGCCAACAGAAAGAGAUUGAGUUCUACAGAGAGGAAAACCAGAGACUGAGGGAAAAUAUUGAGUUUAUUGUGGAGGAGAACAAUAGACUGUCGUCAGAGGCGAAAAUUCGAAAUGUUUCUCAGGAGGAUAUCUUCAAAGGUGUGGACAAUGAGAGGCAAAUCCACACUGCAGCUCUGAUGAAUCUCAAGAGUCAGGUGGAUCUCCUCAAGGAGGAGAAGAAUGACUUGGAGACAUUGUGGACGCUGUCUAAAGACACAGUGACGAAUUUAGAGAAGGAAAUUAUCGAGUACAGAAAGCUUCUCAAUGAGCCAAAUUCAAUUAUCAGCCUCAAGAAAGAGUAUUCCCGGACAAUACGCUUUCUAGAAGAGAAGAUAGCCAAUCUGCAGAGAGACUUAGAGGCUGAGAGAUCGCUGAGUAGUGAUUUGCAACUGAACAAGGACGAAUUGAGUAGAAGAAUUGAAGUUAUUGAGCUCAGGCAUUCGACAUCUCAGGAGGAAUUGGCCAAAACUGAGCUCUUUCUGAAGAAAACCAAAGAGGAAAUCGUCAGCAUCAUGAAAGACAGACUGUAUCUGGAGAAGAACCUCCAUCAGAGCUACCUUCAGGCCAGAGAGUACGCGGACAGAGAGAUUGUGGCUCUGGCAAAGGUCCAGGAAGCCCUAAAUAUUGCCGAGUGUGCAAUAGCUGACAAGGGAAGAGCCAUGGCCAAAGAGGACGAAAUGCGAGAAGAAUACGAUAAAUUGGCUAGUGAAAUGAAGAGGGUGAUUACAGAGGCUGCGGCCAAGGUGCAAGAGGAAAUCUCUCGGACGAAGAGCAAGUACAUGGAGAAGAUAAAGAGUCUGGAGAGUUCUAAUCAAAAGACAAGAGAACAACUGGCGCAAGAAGUACGAAAAUCUGCAACUGUGGAAAAGCAAAUGAACCAAUUGGAGGAGAAAUUGAGAGAUGUGAUGCAGAACAAUACCGCAUUGGACACAGAUUUGCGAAUUGCAUCGCAAUCAAUUAUUGAAAUGGAGGUGAAGUUGGAGGCGUUCCAGAAGCUCCUCAACACUGGCCAAAAGACCACGAUGAUCUGUGAAGAGAGGACGAAAGAGCUGGAGAACUUCCUCGAUCAUCAGAGGAAAUUGAAGGAACAGUGGAAAAAUGUGGUCAAUGAAGUCACUGUCAAACUGCAGAUGGAAAUCAGCAAUCUUCAGAGAGAAAAUGCCUCUUUGGCUGCAGAGAAUUCCAAAUUGCGACAGAAGAUGGAUGGCUAA